UUAUCCGAAGAUGGCCUUAAACAUUUCAAGACGUACAAAUACUCUUCUGUGGAUCUCUCACCUAUUUCGAAUUAUAUUCUUCGACAUUACUGGAAUUUCUGCGUCGAAUACCUCCCCCUCUGGCUCGCCCCCAACAUGGUAACUCUCCUCGGCUUCCUCUUCAUCCUCCUCAACAUCCUCCUCCUACACCUCUGGGACCCUCUCCUCCUCGGCCCCUCCUCCCCCUGGCCCCUCUACUCCUACGCGCUCGGAGUCUGGCUCUACUCCACAAUGGACAACAUCGACGGCAAACAAGCCCGACGCACAGGCACCAGUUCCGGGCUCGGAGAACUUUUCGACCACGGAAUCGAUAGUUUGAAUUGUACUCUCGCUUCUCUCUUGGAAGUUUCUGCUAUGGGAUUGGGCAGUACACGACUCGGAGCGUUCACGGCCUUGGUGCCUUGUUUGGCGAUGUUUUUUUCUACGUGGGAGACUUUUCAUACGCAUACGUUGUAUUUGGGGUAUUUUAAUGGUCCCACCGAGGGCUUGUUGAUUGCUAGUUUGAUUAUGUGUGCGUCGGGGUGGUGGGGAGUGGGGAUUUGGCAUGCACCUUUUUUGGCGUCGUCGGAGAUGUUGGGCGGCAUGAUGGAAAAGAUGCUGGGAACAGGAGAAUGGAGUGUGAAAGAUAUUUUGUGGCAAUUUCUGCUUGCGGCGUUUGUGCUAUUGCAUUUACCAGGAUGCGUGUACAAUGUGGUUCGCACACGCAAGGCAAAAGGCUUACCCGUGGCUCCGGUGUUCCUGGAAUGGAGUCCCAUGGUGGUAUUUUGUGGAGGAUUGAUGGCGUGGUUGGGCUCGCCGUAUUCGACGUUGUUGAGGGAUAAUCAUCUCUGUCUGCUAUGCUUGACGCUUUCGACGGUAUUUGGCAGGGUCACGACAAAGAUUAUUCUCGCGCAUCUUACGCGCCAACCGUUUCCGUACUGGACGGUGCUGUUGGCGCCACUGGUCGGCGGAGCGGUCAUGGUGAAUUUGCCAUUUCUGGGUUUCUCGCCUGUGUCGGCGGAUGUGCAACUCUACUACCUCUGGGCUUAUUUCAUCUUCAGCACCGUCGUCUACGCUCGUUGGGCGUACGUCGUCUGCACGGCCAUUUGCGACUAUCUGGGCAUUCAGUGUUUGACGAUACCUGAGGAGAAGUGGAAAGCUCUGCAAAGGGAGAAGGAUGCCAAGGCGGCAUAG